CAUUCAGUCAGCUCACUCACACACGGAAAAACCGAGGCAGAGGAGCGAGGUCCAGGCGGUAUAAAACUCACCGGUGAGCGCUUAAAUAAGUAUCUGUGGAGGAAAAGAUUAGUAUGAGACACGGACUGAAUUUGGCGCGAGAAGUGCUGAGCCUUAUUGGAAUUUAACCAUAAAAUAAUCGUGCAGACUUCACCUGACGCUUCGUAAAGCCCGCGAGGACAGCGCUGCAUACAACUGUUAACAGAUAACACCAGUGGAUGUAACUCCUCUCCAUUUCCUGAGGUGCAAAGGGGAGAAGGACCUGUACUAACUGACCUUCAGAGCAAAGACAAGACACCAUGUCUUUGAGCACAUUCCACCUCAUGCAAACCCUCAAGAACUCUCCAGCUGCGCUCCGCCGCCGCUUCAAGCGAGACCGCCUGGAGACCCUGUCUCACGGGGACCCUCUGUUCAAGGUGCACUACCUGGGCACAGAGAAGAUCUUCUCCCUGGACCGGGAGCAGGCUCAGUAUGCCAUUCAGCACCUGCUGGAUGGCAUCGCCAGUGGGAAGAAACUGAGCAAAGACCACGCCCUGGUGGUGCGGCCGCGAUACGUGGAGGUCAAAGAGCUGAGCACAGGCCGACAGCUAACCAAGACUUACCUUCAGGACAUUGCCUACUGCGCCGCUGAUGCCACCAGGCCCAAUGUGUUCCUAUACAUCUGUAAGCACCAGGGCCAGCAGCUGCAAUGCCGUGUGUUCUGGUGCAGUCGGGCGGAGCGAGCCAAGGACAUGACUGCCUGCCUGGCACACUCCUUUGAGAGGGCACUGAGCGACUGGCAGGAUGCCCCCAACACAAUGGCAUCAAAGAACAAGGCCGAGCGCAUCGAGGACACCAACAACUCCAACACAAAGAGCCACACACUCCCGGCCAGUAUCGGCAAAGUUCGUUGGAAGAAGAGAGGCUCUGUGUCCCGCAGCCCUCUCCGAGCCAUAACCAGAAGAGGCUCUGAAUCAGACAGCUGGAACUGAGCUCUGCUUUCAAAUCGGGACUAUAUCAAACCCAACCUCACUGUGACUGUGCUACAGGGACAGACUGGACGAGUGUGGGCCUGAAUGUUGAUGUCAGGUUUUCUGUUCACUCCUGUAAUAUCACAGCUGUGAGCUGUCGACAGUUUUACGGAGACUUUAGAGUCUCCUCAGACACAGGGGACUUCCUGUGCUGCUUGUUUCACUAUUUGGGUGAAAGGCAGUGACGGUCCGAGCUGUGGUUUAAAUGCAGGAAGCACAAACAUCUUUAAGUUGACACAAAGAUGUCACUUUUUUUGAAGGAUUAUCUUUAUUUAACUGGCAAUUUUGACAGCAGUGUGUCCCAGGCCAGAGGCACUAGAAAACACAUUACUCUGUGAUACUUUGGGCAAAAUCAUGGAUGAAACUGCAUUAUCAUCAUGAAGUUAAAUAAAGUAAACUUAAAGAGUUAAAGAUGUAUAAUCUUUGAUAGACAAAGAACAAAAACUUGGUUAUUUCUGAAAACAGGGCAGAUCUUCUGUAGCUUUCAAGAAAAUGUUGACCUAUAAUAUUUCAGAAUCUAUGCCAAAUUUAGAGAAGGAUGCCUAUUUAACAUGAACUUUUGACUGUCCCGACGCUGAAUUAGCAUUUAUGUGGAAAAGGCAGUGAGCCAUGACACGGAGGGCUGUUUGUGCCCCAACACUGGGAACGCUGUGUUCUGUGUAGAGCUUCAGUGUGGAAUGUGCGCCCAUGCACCUGCAUUCCUCUUGGGGGAAUUUGAGAUCCAAUACUUAAGAAGGCCCCGAAUUCUUCCUGCCAUCCAACCAUGACUUUGCAUAUCGGAUAGCUACAGUGUGCUUUUGUUACUUUGGCCUUAAAAGGUGCCCCAUGUCCAGUUAAAAUGACACUGAGGCACUGAUGUGUGCAGCAUUGCAUAACACACUUAUGAAGGUGAUUAAGUGUAAGGUUUACAGUUGUUUGACAGACAGAGGGUCACUGGUAGAUACAGCUACCAUCAGUAUUUUAGACCAAAACUAAGCUAGACCAGGAGCCUGUGGUUCUGUCAUGCCACUAGGUUUUAAUGUGUUGAUUUUUCUAUUCUACAAAAGGCAUGGCCUCUGUAAAGGCUGUUUUUGUGCCUGCUCAAAGAUAUUUUAUCAAUGUACUGUUUUUAUGUCAUCUACAUAUUUAAAUAUGUAUUUUAUCAAAUAUUAAAAGUUUUUAUACAACA